ACCACCACACGCUCCACGCUUCCUUCCGCCAUCAAUCGGUUCAGCCACCCUCCGCCAACGGCCGCUCUCCCAAUUUACAAUUAGUGCACAAGCAAGCUGAGACUGAAAUUUCGCCACGGAAGUAGUACUAGCGAAGAAUUGGCGAAUUUGCGAUCUGUGAAAGAACCGGCGAGAAAACGACGGAAUCCGAAUAAAUAAAGAAAGGCGACACGAGUGCCCCGCUACAAAGACGGGGACAUGUUCCGGCAUUUGGAAUCGGAAUUUGUCUUGCCUUGGGAGGAACAAGAACAAGCCAAGACAGAAACGGAACAAACGAGCCGUGCCACUUUGAGAGGAAGCUAAUUUUGUUGGCUUCUUCUUCCUCAGUCGUUACGCUUUCUUGGCGGUUUCCGUUGGCUGCGAGCUAAAGCCGGAGCCUGCCACCCUAAUUUUAGCCCCUCCUUGUCCAAAUUGGAGGUUACCGGAGGGCGAAUCGUAGCCCGGUUCGGCUGUUCGGCUGGGUUUGGCUACGCCCCUCCUCCUGGUCUGCUCGAUUCAGGCCAUGGAGAUAUGGCUGGCAAAGGUGCAGGGGGGUGGAGCUCGCCGUGUUUCUUGAUGCGAUUUGUGCAAGUAUCAGCCCCUCCUCGCAUCAAUCUUGGGGAUUCAGAUGUUCUUGGCAAGGUAGGUCAAGGUAAAGGGAGAUGCCCAAGGCAGGAGACUGUAGCGGCGGCGGCGGCGGUGGCCGGAGGGACCUGCCUCUGCUUUUCCUGAGGGUGGGCGCUGCCAUCACGCUCUCCAUCGCUGGGCUCUUCUUCUCGCGGCUGCGGUGGCAGCACCGGCCUCGGCCCCGGCACCUCCUGCUCCCUCCUCCUUCAGAGCCGGAUGAUGCCCGUGGCAUGAAGGGUGGUGGUGGAGGGCUCAAGGACGAGCUAAGGAUCCUCAAGAAUGAGGAUACCAAGGCAAAAAUAAUCAAUGGUAACUCUGUGCACACAACCACUACCACUACAACGACCACCACCACUGCCUCAGUGUCACUUCCUCCGAAAUGCCGAAACAUUGAUGAUGAUGAUGAUGAUGAUGAUGAAGGAUUUCUCCUUCCAGAAUACAAUGAAAUGGUUAUGGAAGAAUUUGGCGGAGACGUAGGCAAUAUCGCAAGCUCACCUGCAGCAAGAGUAAGGGAAGAUGCAUCUAAUGAGCAUGAAAUUUUCAAGCUCAGAGAUUUGGUUAGAUCUCUGCAAGAAAGGGAAAAGACCCUGGAGAUACAACUUUUGGAGUUGUAUGGUUUGCAGGAGCAAGGUGCUGCAGUUAGGGAGCUUGAGAACCAACUGAAGAUAAACAAUGUCGAGUCACAGCUAUACUCCUUGAAGAUCGAAUCCUUGCAAUCUGAAAAUCAGAGGUUACAAACACAGUUGUCUGAAAGCUCAAAGUUAACUUCCCAGCUUGAGUUGACAAAAUCAAAAUGCAAGCUGUUGAAAAAGAAGUUGAGACUGGAUGCGGAACAAGCAAAGGAGAAAAUCACUUCCCUUCAGAACAUAGUUGAUUCCUUUCAGUGUAAGGAGAUUAUUGAGGGAGAAGUUGACGGCGAGGCUGAGAAGAAAUUAAAGAGGCUAGAGGAAUUGGAAAAUGAGGCAAGAGAGCUUAGAGCUGCAAAUUCAAGGCUGCAGCAGGAGAAUUCACACCUUACUAGGCGAUUGGAGCUCACACGCCUACCGCCUGUACCCAAGUCCCACAAUAGCAUGGAGGUAAAAACAUCAGAACAAGUUGAUGGGUUGAAGCAAGAAAACGAGAAGUUGUCAAAAGAGGUUGAACAACUGCGGACUGACAGGUUUGCAGAUGUUGAGGAGCUGGUAUAUCUUAAAUGGAUCAAUGCUUGCCUGCGGCAUGAGCUGAAGAACAAGGGGACUCCUGGUCCUGGGGCACAAACUACAGCACAGGAUCUAAGCAACACCCUAAGCCCCAAAUCUGAACAGACAGCCAAGCAAUUGAUAAUGGAGUAUGCCAAUGUUGGUGCGGACGAGAGAAGUUUAAGCUCCAUAGAAUUUGGCUCAGAGUACGCUUCUUCAAGGGCAUCAUCAAGUGGCGAACCCGAUGACACAUCGAUCGAUAUGUCAUCAGUCACAACGCCCAGAAACCCGAAGAAGAAAGAGAAGAAGAAGUUUUUCUCUAAGCUACGGAAAUUGGUACUGGGAAAAGAUAAGGAAAAGAACAAUUUCCCUACUUUGGAGAGGAGAGUGUCUAUUUCGAGCUGUUCCUUUGAUGACUUCACUGGAAGAGACUCGCAUGAUAGCUACUCUUCCUUCUUGACAGAAGGAGCCGUAUCUGCCAAUCAGCAGCAUGACGAUCGCAGCUGCGUUACGCCUUCUUUUGGCAGCCAAAGAUAUAGCACAGAAGCAGGAGAUGGAAGAUACCAGCGUCAUGGGGUAAAAAAGAAUGCAUCUUUCGGAUCCGGAAGAUUCAGUGAACAUGGUUCUCAGUUUGAUAGUGGUGAGGCCACAAUACCAGAAGAUGUUGAGAUCCACAAAUUCGCCGAGGCACUGAUUACAUCAAGGACAGGUUCUAUGUCAUCCAGAAGGACAUUAUCCUUCAGCUAACUGAUAAAAAACCAGUAGCUAGGAGUCAUGUGAUGCUGACCAUCUUGUCUGGAUGUAUAUUUUUGCCAGACCCUGAUGGUGAAGUGAUAGGAGAUGUUACUGGAAUGAAGUAUCCAAGACUUCAUUCUGUGUGAAAUGUACAAUCAUGUAUAAUAGUAUAGUGCAAUGACCUUUAAUCUCAAUCUUUGCCGUUCA